CCGCAUUCGAUUCCGAUUCCCCCUUUUGCGUCCAAUCAAAUCCACGAGAAGGAAGAAAUCUCAUAAUUUUCAUGGCGGAUGUUCCCUUGAACAGUGUUCUUUCCACUCUUUCUGAUGCAGUGGCAGUGCGGCUCCUUUGAAGUUGGGACUGCGUCAGUCUGUUUGCUUGAGAUUUAUAUCUGAAAGAUUGAAUUUUGAUGGGUUUCUGCUCGCCGAAGAUCUCGAUUUCUUCGGGUGCGUCGCGCCACUUCUUGCCGGGAUGGGGCGGCCACGUCUCCAGCUGCAACGGCGUCGUCGUGCCGCUCAGGAAGAGGAAGAGCCGACGGGUGCGGUUCCCCAUUUCAGCUGCUGCAGCGACGUCGUCGUCACCUGCGAAGAUUGUCCCGUUACGGCGGAGGAACGAGCGAGCCGAGAAGAUGACCAGCGCCAUGGAGCAGCUCGACAUCGAGCGCGGCGUCUGCAUCCCCUUCCGGAAAUACACACCUGAUACAGUCAGGAACAAGGUUCUGGAAUCCAGAGGUUCCACUCUGUCGCUUCUCGCCCGUGGCGUGGAAAUCGUCUGGAACUUGGGAUUGUACUGGUCUGCCCUCACGUACGACUGCUUAGUUGGACGGGAUGAGGAAGUUGUCCCUUACCGUGCUCGACAGCUUCGCAAUCUUCUCUGUGAUCUUGGCCCAUCUUUUAUCAAAGCUGGCCAGGUUCUUGCAAAUCGACCUGAUAUAAUUCGAGAAGAUUACAUGAAUGAGCUUUGCAUUCUGCAGGAUGAUGUUCCCCCUUUCCCCAAUCAGGUGGCUUUUGCUAUCAUUGAAGAGGAGCUUGGUCAACCUCUUGAACAGGUAUUCAGCAAAAUAUCAUCACAAACAAUUGCAGCUGCCAGCUUAGGCCAAGUCUAUCGUGCCACUCUGCGCGAAACAGGAGAGGAUGUUGCAAUAAAGGUGCUAAGGCCAGAGAUAGAGCCCAUAAUUUACCGUGACCUUUUCCUGUUUCGUACUUUGGCUUCAUUCUUGAAUGGUAUCAGUCUGCAGAAAUUAGGCUGCAAUGCAGAGCUUAUUGUUGAUGAAUUUGGUGAGAAACUAUUGGAAGAACUUGACUAUACUCUUGAAGCUCGAAACAUUGAGGACUUCAUCGAAAACUUCAAAGAUGAUCCAACUGUCAAGAUCCCACGAGUUUAUAAGCAAUUCUCAGGUUCACGUGUGUUAGUAAUGGAAUGGAUUGACGGCAUUCGGUGUACUAAUCCUCAGGCCAUUAAAGAAGCAGGGAUUGACAUAAAUGGAUUCUUGACAAUUGGUGUUAGUGCUGCUUUGAGACAAUUGUUGGAAUUUGGGUUAUUCCAUGGAGAUCCACAUCCUGGAAAUAUUUUUGCCAUGCGCGAUGGACGUAUUGCUUAUGUUGACUUUGGAAAUGUAGCUGUCCUUAGUCAACUAAAUAAGCAAAUCUUGAUUGAUGCUGUUGUACAUGCUGUCAAUGAGGAUUAUGCUGAGAUGGCAAAUGACUUUACAAGGCUUGGCUUUCUCGCUAAAGACACAGAUGUCUCUCCCAUUAUUCCAGCCCUAGAGGCUAUCUGGCAAAAUUCAGUUGGCAAAGGAUUGUCUGACUUCAAUUUUCGAAUUGUCACCGGGAAGUUCAAUCAGCUUGUGUACAAUUAUCCAAUCCGUAUUCCAGAGAGAUUUUCUCUUGUUAUUCGUUCCCUCUUGACUCAAGAAGGAAUUUGCUUCACACUUAAGCCAGAUUUUAAAUUUCUCGAGGUUGCUUAUCCAUAUAUAGCAAAGCGUCUUUUGACAGAUCCAAACCCUACUCUCCGGGAACGUCUCAUUCAGGUUUUGUUUAAAGAUGGAGUGUUCCAGUGGAAAAGACUCGAAAAUCUCAUUGUUCUUGCAAAGGAAAAUGUGGCCAAGAUGAGCAACAAUCCUGCAUUACAACAUAACAACAUUCGUAGUUCGAGGAGCUUGCAAGUUGCAAAGAAAUUGGAUCUCACGGAAACCAUAAAGGAUGGAGCGCGAAUGUUCCUCAUUGAUUCAGGGAUUCGGCGUCAAAUGAUCAUGGCUUUGACCGAAGAUUCCAAGCUUCACAUUCAAGAGCUCGUAGAUGUAUAUAGGUUGGUCGAGGAUCAGAUUGAUAUUCCCUCUGUUGCUUUGGAGGUCCUGCAAGACUUGCCGAAUGUGACACGUGAUUUUAUGCUUGCGUGGACCGAUACCAUCCUAUCCGACCGGUGAGUUUGUCAUGGUUUCAUCAUUGUCGUCGGAGUGGGAUCUUGAUAUGCCCCUGAAGUUUUGGAGUUCUCCCUGUGGCUGAAUUACCGACACCCCUUUCACUUGUUUUUUUACACAAUCUAAUUGUUGUAACUCUAUUGCAUUACAAAAUCAGUCGAUUCGAUCGGCUUUCUUCCUUCAAGGUGUAAAUCUCUUCAUCAUGCUGUUAGUAAAGUUCAACUGAUUCAAAUAUAAAUAUAGGCCUUAUACAAAUUCUUUCUCCUC